AUGAAUUUCAAGCUCGUGGCUCUCGUCGCAACUUGUGUUGUACAGGUUCUUGCUUCCAAAAGACAUGAGGCGUCCAAAUGGUAUCCCUGCCCCCAUUUCUCCAAUACUGUGGGUCUUGAUCCCGAAUUAGCAACGCUGGAAGUAGAGUGUGGCAAGUUCUCAGCACCUCUGUGCUACUCUGACGUCUGUACAGCGCCCGAGAGUGUGAACCAGUCUAUCGAAGUUUUCGUAAAACGAUUUCCUGCCUUUCAUCCCGAGACUGCUAUCAAUAUAUGGGUUGUGGAAUAUUCAGCGCUCCUGCUAUUUUCCAAACGAAAUGGAUCUGCAAACAUCUAUAUGAUGCAUGCUCGUGGAAGCGGGAAAAGUACAACUUUAAUUUGUGGAGUGACAACUACCAAUUCCUAUUCUGAUUUGUCAAUGGACCCUGCUCAAGCUGAGUCAUGUGCCAUAAAUCUCGAAUCCAAGUAUGGUGAUCUCGUGGCGUUUUCACCGACGAGUGCGGCGCACGACCUUUUUUACUUGAUCUCCAAGCUUUCCAAUGGCGCCCACACUUUUGUGUACGGUACCAACUACGAAGCGCUAAUUGUGGAACGUCUCAUGCAUCUUGCCCCUCCUGAAGUUAUUGGGUACGUUCUGGAUUCGUCAAUGAGUACCACGGGAAUAUAUAACUAUUAUACAGAGUUCGACCUCAACAACGAUGAAGUUGCGACUACUUUUAUGGAGCGUUGCGAUCACGACCGUGUCUGCAGUUCCCAUUUUAAGAAACCGGAUACGUUAACUGAUGCGCUUCAAGAUAUUAUGAGCGGUCUCGACAAUCAAGUUGACUCAGCAUGUUUUGAGAUAAUGAACACCAUGAAUGUUACCAAUGAAAAGUGGCCAGCCUCGCACAGACUGCGAAAACUUCUUUCCGCUCUUCUGGUUAUCCCAACGUCGUACACGACAAUUCCUCAGUUCGUGUACCGUCUCAAGCGCUGUCAAUCCCACGAUGCGGACGUCUUGAAGACGUUCAUAAACAAUAUAAUAAAUUCGAGAAUAGAUACUUCGAUUUCUAGCGAGAACUCGGAUAUGUUACAACCUCAUCCUGUUCUCGGAAUUGUGGGAGAGACCAACACUUUCGCCAGUGGAAUUGAAAAAGCGCUUUACGGACUCUGUCGCGGGUUGGGGCAUACACACCAACGUUCCUUUGUAUUGUGCUAUGUCAAAAGAACAAUCGAAGGUGUGCGACAAGUACGAUUUUGGCAAGCCAGCGUAUUAGUGUUGAGCAGCAAGAUGGAUAUAUUUACACCAUACAAGUACACUAAACGCAUAUUCGAAUCCCUCACCGGCAAGCGUAAGGAGCUGAUCACCUUCGAAAUUGGCAGUGGCGCAACAUUGCAUUCUACACCUUAUCAACUGAGAGUUCCAUCGAUGGAAACAUGUGGAUUGAGUAUUAUUGAUUCAUAUCUUCAAAGUGACGGUGAUCUUGCUGGUCUGGGAUAA